AUGCCUGCUUCAAGACUUGGAGACUGCACUGGAAAGUCCCAUGCCAACACCAACAUCUACUAUUGGAAUGUCAUACCGUGGAAACGUAUCCAAAACUUAUUUGGUUCAAAUGUUGCAGCAGCUCGCUCUUAUAGAAAACUGACUCGAAUGAAUACUGCGUCUGGUCGGCUGGAAGCUCAGGGAACUGCGUCACUUUUUGGGGGAAGUUGUGUCAAUGACUUGUCAACCAGUUCCCAGAUGCUUUUAUGCUCUAGCUCCAAUAGCUGCGAUACCACAUCCAGCCACAGCGCAUCUUUUUCAGGAUCAUCCCUCAGCUCUCCGCCUCAGCAUGCAAUGAGCUCUUCCUCCCCAGAUCCAUCGUAUUCAACUUUAUUCCCCACUUUCAAUACCUUGAACAAAAUACCACAUGCUUCCAGAGCUGCCGAAAUGAGCUCUUGUGAAGACAGCACACGAAUGCAACCAAAGGAGACUCUAGAUACCGUUGCUCCUUUGAAUCAUAUGUUUUUGGAUCAGAAUGCAUUUCAGCGCAAUGUACUUCCGCUUCAUAUUGGACGUACACAGCCGCUUUUUACCCAAUUUUCUGAAUGUAAAACUACAGGAAAAUCGACCAUGGUGCUUGAUGAUAGAUCGUGUUGUCCCGUCAUUGCUUCAAAAAAAGACGAGUCGAUAAAAUCAACAACAUUGUUGAAAAAAGCAGAUGAUGCAUCUACAGAUGAUACUACUGCAUCUAACCAUGGCUCUUUUCCAAUGAGCCGUGAUAGAGACCACCCAUUGUCAUUCACUACUGCACCAUCUAAAAUGGAAUCUGAAACUGUUUUUCAGACAGCUCCUGCUGCUCGCACUCAUGUAUCGACCAAACCCUCCAGGAUGGACAUGUUUACAAAAGGUGGCAUAUCUCAUUGGAACCAACGUACGACCAAUACGUUAACAGUGGAUAGCACACUAGAUGGACAAGGUCAUGUCCAGCCAAAUUCGUACAUGUCAUCUCUGCACACUUCUGGCUCAAGUCUGUCAACAGCUUUGCACAUUUCUACUUCUUCCAAACCGCCGCGAGCUCCUGCUUUUGGUUAUGGAAACGCUGCCUCGAGUGCCGCCAAUAGCAAACCCGGUCGAUUCAAGUUGGUUACAGAUCAACGCUUGUUUUGUAAUCUGUCCAAAUCCGACUUUGGCAGCAGUACAGCAGUCAUCACUGCAGAAAAAUGUGUCUUGUCCGAACAUCAGCGACCAUCGACUCGACGAUCCAAACUGCCACAAUCUAGAAAGCAGGUGGGAUUGCAACCCCGUUUGCUACACACAAGUGACAACUGCUUCUUGACUGAGCAACGAAAUGACACUACUCUGUCCGACUCGACUGCGUCUGACCAUAAGUGUAUACCUUUACUUUCCAGACGUACCCGUCCAAUCUCUACCAUGGACAUGGAUAUUGAUCUGCGAACAGUAACUACAGCAGUCUGUCGGUCCAUUCUUCCGACACAAAAGCAUGGACAGCCUCCGAUCAAGAUGCGACGAGCCAACACUGUCAUUGGCUUUGGCCAAUCUGAGCAUCCUGAGCAACCACAUCUUCAUCAUCAGCCUCAGCUAUCCCUGUCUAGUCCAUUCUGUACAUCGGAUGAGACAUCAUUACUUCCUAGCAUGCUUGUUCCAGGCAAAGAUAUGAUUCGACGUAUAACAGUGGAUACGCUUGCACAAGUUUUGGAUGGCAAAUUUGAUCAAAUUGAAUCAUUUCAUCUUGUGGAUUGUCGGUAUGGAUACGAGUAUGCUGGUGGACAUAUUAAUGGAGCAAAGAAUGUCACUUCAGUUCAAGAUCUUGAACACUACUUUACAUCUCCACCUUCAAACAACCAGACUGUGAUUGUCUUUCAUUGCGAGUAUUCUGCACAACGAGCACCUCAAAUGGCACUGCAUUUCCGAAGCAUGGAUCGAAACAUUAAUGCCAUGGCAUAUCCUAAACUGCACUAUCCACAUAUAUAUGUGCUUUCAGGAGGCUAUCGCGAGUUUUUCAAAUCCUACAUGUUUCGAUGUGAGCCUCAGGCAUAUGUUGAAAUGACGGAUGCACAACAUACUGAAGAUUACAAGGCAGGUGUAAUUCAGAAUCGCCGACAAUUUCGCAAGGCAUUUUCUGAUGGGUUUUUGAGAUGA